UUUAUUUUGUAGGCUAAGUGUCUGUGAGUUGUCAAAGACAGGCUGUGAAGCUCUGAAUUCAGUACUCAGCUUAAAGUCCUCUAGUCUGAGAGAGCUGGACCUAAGUAUCAACAGCUUGGAUGAUUCAGGUGUGAAGCUUCUGUCCGCAGCCUUGAGGAGUACAAGUUGUAAACUGAAUACUCUGAGACUGAGUCUCAGUAACCUGUCAGAGAGCAGCUCUGAAACUCUUUCUGCUGGACUACAGAAUCUAAACUGCAAGCUGAUUACUCUGAGCCUGAUGGGCUGUAAGUUCUCAAAGGGAAGCUGUGAAGCUCUGUCCUCAGUUCUCAGCUCCCAGUCCUCUAGUCUCAGAGAGCUGGACCUUAGUAAUUCUGAACUGCAGGAUUCAGGAAUGAAGAUUCUGUCUGAAGGAAUAAAGACUUCACAGUGUACACUGGAAACACUCAGACUGAGUAGCUGUUUCCUGUCAGAGGGAAGUUGUGAAGCUCUGUCCUCAGCUCUCAGCUCUCAGUCCUCGAGUCUGAAAGAGCUAAACCUGAGUAACAAUAACCUCCAGGAUUUGGGUGUGAAGCUUCUGUCUGCUGCACUGCAGAGUCCACAAUGUAACCUUGAAAAACUCAGUCUGUCAGGCUGUCUAAUAAAAGAGGAAGGCUGUACCUUUCUGGUCUCAGCUCUGAUCGCCAACCCCUCCCAUCUAAGAGAGCUGGACCUGAGCUACAAUCAUUCGGGAGUGUCUGGAAUGAAGCUGCUGUCGUAUAGACAACAGGAAUUACCUUCUCUGGACACUCUCAGGGUGGAGCCUGCUGGAGACCAAUGGUUGACACCAGGUCUGAGGAAGUAUUCCUGUCAACUCACAAUCGACACAAACACAGUUCACAGAUGGCUCAAACUGUCUGACGACGACACGAAGGUGACACGUGUGUGGAAGACUUUUUCAUAUCCUGAUCAUCCAGACAGAUUUAAUUGGCAUCCACAGCUGCUGUGUGAAAAUAGUCUAACUGGUCGCUGUUACUGGGAGGUCGAGUGGAGCAGAUGGGUUCAUAUAUCAGUGAGUUACAGAAGAAUAAUAAGGAAAGGAAAGGGUAUUGACUCUGUGCUUGGAUACAAUGCUCAUUCCUGGAGUCUGAGGUGCUCAGCUUUUGGUCCUCAUUCUGUCUGUCAUAAUAACAGACAAACAACCAUCUCCUCCUCCUCCUCUGCCUCUAACAGAGCAGCAGUGUAUGUGGACUGUCCUGCUGGCACUCUGUCCUUCUACAGAGUCUCCUCUGACACUCUGAUCCACCUCCACACCUUCAACACCACAUUCACUGAACCUCUUUAUCCUGGAUUUGCAUUUGGCUAUGAUUCCUCAGUGUCCCUGUGCUGAGUGGGGUGUAAAGAGUGUCCUCCUGUUAGAGAAACACUCUGACUGUUGAACAGAUAGUUCAGUCUGUACAUGUCUGUCUCUUUCACUCAGAAACAUGUUUUCAGAUUCAUGGAUUCAAUCAGUUUUAAACUUUUCUAAAUGAUUCCUUGUGAACUUCUUCCUCUUCGUUCCUUUAAAGAUGGAAGCUCCCAUUAUUCCAGGAUCCACAUGUUGUUUUUCUGUCUUUUUCCACUCAAAGCUUCACAGUGAAUCUCAGUAUGUUGUGUUUCUCUGAAGCUCAGUUCACAACCAGCUCCUCUGCAUUUUCAACAAGUCUGAGCUCAUUAAAAUGAAUCCAAAUGUUGGAUGCUUCAAAACUCUCCACAUGAUCUUACUGUUUCACUCAUUGUUGGAAGCUCAUGUGAAAAUGUUUCAGCCAUAGAAGCUGAAAAUAUUGGCUCAAUAGUUUUGAAUGCAGUUCUAAUCGGAAUAUGAUUGUAUUGAGGGAUCAUAAUGCAUGUGGCUUAUCUAAUAAACAGCAGACGCUGCAUUGAUUAUUUUAAACUAGUCUUGUGUUUUUCCGACAUUUUCAACAGUAAUAUUUUGCAGUAUAUUGGUUACAUUUUUGUUUGAAUGUCCUUAGAAAUGUAUAAACAUUACUAUAUAUCAUUGCAUAUGUUCUGUAUCACAUUGUUUGGUUAAUGAAUCAUUUAUUUUCUUUGUGUUUGUCAUUUUUGAUAUGAAAUAAA